CCUUCUUUGGUCUUGCCGUUUCGUAUAAAGUGAGACAAGUGCCCCCUCUUUGUCCAAUCCUCUUCUCUUUUUUAAUAAUUCAUCAAAAUCGCCGAGAGAAAAGCGACCAUCCGUUCAAAGCCGAUUAUUGAAGAAUCUUAAGGGGAUGGGUAAGAAGAGAAAAGCUACAGCGACGAGCCUCGAUGAGGUAGAUCGGACUGUUUACGCCUCCUUUCGGACCGCCGCGAACUCGCUGUCUCAGCUUUACACUCAAUCCAUGAACCACCAGAAACUAUCUUUCCAAGCCGGUGAACGCCAUGGUCUGGAAAAACUUUACCAAUGGAUAUGGAGACAACAAGAAGGAGGGUCUAGAGUGACUCCUGUGGAUAUAAUCAAUUACAUUCAGAACGAGCUCGAGUGCUGCACAGAGGAACCCCCAAUAUCCCCAAGAGCGCCGCUACCUCAACAAACAAUGCAUGUCAUAAAUUCCGGGCUCAUGAACUCUUCAGACACAUCUUGCCCAACAGCUGUUCCAGUGGUUCGGCCCGAGCAAUGCGAAAACCAGUCCAAGAAUUCGGUUUUCUCAAACGCUCUUUCUAGUCCGAUACGCCGUAGUCUGCAGAACUACCAAAUUCCGCAGGGAGGCUCCAUAUCUGGGGGAACCAGAAGCAGUGAACUGAACAGGGGAUCUAACUCUCCUAGUUCUUUUGAUUCUUCAAUGGAUAUGCAUGCAGACUAAGAACUAUAUGAUGUAAUACCCCACCUCUUGUGAUGAUGUUUGCUCUAUAUACAAAACUGGUUUGAUUUUUCAUGUUUGCUCUAUAUACAAAACUUGUUUGAUUUUUCGUAAUGUAUCAAUUGGUUGUCAUGUUGAAGGUAGUUUGCUGGUAUUUUGGUUAGGGUUUCUGAUGGUCACAGACUCACAUGUAAAUCAUUGUGUCUGGGAUUCAUAUCGCUUGGUUAACUUUUAAGUGUUUAUGUUUCAAAUUACUUGAAGAUCUUCUAGGAGAUCAUCUCUAUUAUUAUAACUCUUGCAAC